CCUACAAUGCCCUAAGAAAAAAGACAUCGCUCUGCCAUAGCUAAAGCGGCUCUGAAGAAUGUUAGUCCAACCAUGUUUUCGGACGAUGAAUACGAAUAUGAGUAUGAUGAUAAUGAUACAGAGACGUUCCUCGUGGAUCUCGACCUCUCUACCUUGAAUGCCAAAACACGCGCAACAGUUCCCGGGGGCCAGAAGCCAGUAGUCCCUGCCAAACGACCAGCCGAUGACUCAGUCUCGCAAACGCCCGACAGACUUGAAACAGCCGAAAGCCCAGCAGAGAACCAGGUCGAUGGCAAUGACGAUCUGGCAACCCAGGGCACACCCAAGAAAUCGGCGGUAGAGGGUGAUGAGAAUGAUACGUCGGCCUCCGGGAGAUGGGUCCAGAUUCUAGACUUACCAACUACAAAUCCGGUAGUUUCAUACCAGGGCCAGGUCUACAGCUGCAUGUGGACUGAUAUGAUCGGUACCAACAUGUUUUUCACAAGUCCUGGCUCCAUGGACAAACCCUUGAAACACACGGACAAUUAUGAUCUGAUUGGAACGUCACGAAUCAAACUCGUUGCUGAACAAGCCAAAGUGGUCAAACACAGCAUGGCAGAUGGCGACAACGUAGAUGUCAACCCGACCAUCUCUGGGCGCAUCUUGGAUGGCAGUAGCCUGGGAGACUUCCAUCACUCCAACCCGGCCAUCAACGCUCAGAUCAAGAAGCAAGCCUCUUUCCUAGAAAAGUUGAUGGACGUCAAACGACAACGUGGAGAAAGGGACAUUGUGCGCGCUUAUGCUAACGACGACACGGCCAUGACAGGAACGUCUGCCCAUUCUGAGGCUAUGCAUGGUGAGCUCGAAACUCUUACUCGGAAGGUGCUCAACGGAGAUGGAAAUGCUUUCGCAAAGCUUCAGGAAAUCUAUUCUCGACUAAAGGGACAAGACCAGAAUCCCCAAAAAGACGCUCCACUACCUUCGAGUCAAACUGACUAAAUAUUGCAAAUUCAUGUGCUUUUCCAACGCCGUGAUGUUGCUCAAUCCAAAAUCCAACAAGGGCAAGGUAUUGCCAUAUGAAAACCUAAUACAUGACGUCUCAGAAGCAAACUCCAACAUUGCAGCUAUCACCACCCUUCCAGCAAACGACACAGAACCCAACGCAGUUGGGAGUAAACGACCGAUCUAACGGUCGUGCUUAUCACGGUUCCAAUGCACUGGUGAUGGAGGUGGGGGUGGAGGCGAAUGCUCAGGAAAUUGUCUGCGCUCUGAGUAAAAGGCGUAUUUUGGUCGUGGGGAAGCCUCAACCGCUUUGCGAAUAUCUCUGCUUGAGUUCUCUGAUGCGAGAACGGUUGAUCGGUAGGAUGAUCGUUGCAUGGUUUCAGAUGGCAUGUUUCGUUCCGGUGUAGGCGGAUCGUAGAUGAUGAGGGGCUGUGAUGCUAGACGGCCACGAUCAGUCAAAGCAGGUCCUGAGGGAGAGGUUCACUUACCGAACGGUGAUGGGCUGAUGGUUAUCGUUCGGGUCGAGAUGGAGGAAUGUCGUGCGUAAAGUGGGUGAGUUAUGCUGCAGGUACGAUGUAUAGCCGAUGAAGAGAAAGAUUCUGAUCGGCAAAGAAAACUGGAGACGGGGCCACGGUUUACUUAUGAGUUGCGUGCAAAGAAGAUGCUGGGUGUAUUGUAUGAGGGAGAUUUUUCAGGAGCAAGGGAGCCGCACUUUUCCAACAGGAUGUGACGGUAGUCAAAUACCCCCUUCGCCUGGGGAGAAAAAAAUGGUCUGGGACACUCAUCAAUUCACAAAUAUGGCGGUGAAAGGCGACGUGGGAUGUCACAUUUCAAACGAAUCCGGCUGGUCAAUUGCAAACAGACCCCAAAUGCGCCAGAAGUUGUUUCCCCGGAGCCACGAGGGUGGCAUUGUUCUUUUUGGAUCCCUUCGGGAUUCCUGGACCAACACAUGCUGGCCAGUCCUGGCGGGGAGCCUACAGGGGUUAUCUGGGAAAUGAGCAAGCAUUAUUCAUGUAUGGUAAUUCCGUCUUUGCUUGACUCCGUACAUCUAUUUGCCAUGUCUUUUGUUGCUGCCUGAACAGCGUGUGUCGUCC